AUGGAUGAGCAUGAUAAGCUCCACUACUUCACUAAAGGGCUACAAAUGUGGGACCAAAACAAACUUCGAUGCCAAGGGGGGUAAGAUGUCCACACUGUUAUGGAAGUGGUGGAUAUGUUGAGGACAAUUGGCCAACAACCAAAGGUAGGUGGGGAUGCCAACUAAGUAGGUCGGGGCUAUAAGGAACCAACUCUAAUAAGUGCAGGAUGUGGAGAGCACAUCAGCUAGGGACAAGGGUCCUCGAGAAGAGAUGCACCCUUGUAGAUUAAGGAACUGUGGUGGACAAGCUGCCACAUAUAUGACAGUCCCCACAUGAGUGUGGAAUGUCUUGAUUGGGCAGACAAAUGCAUUGUAAGGUCUUUACUCAACAUGGUGUUGGGACAAGAACAACCUUCGCCAAUGAUUGAAGAGGUACCCUAA